GACGAGCAUCGUGCAGUCGGAGGCGCUGCGGGCGGCGCUGGUCGCGGGCUGGGGCAGCCUGAGCGACGCGGCGCGCGCUGCCUACGGCGCCGACGGCCCCGACGCGGUGCUCAAGGCCUUCAUGGACCUCUUAGCCGCCCCCACCACGCACUCGCUGAACGUGUCCCCCGUGGUGGCGGCCAUAGAAGACGCCCUCCUCAGCGGCUGGCCGGCGCCGCGCUACGUGCCGGCGGACCUGGGAUUCACCCUGCUCGCGUGGAUCAGCACCCAUUGCCCCGAGUGGCUCUUCGAGAAGAUCUUCGUCUGAUCACACACAAUGUUCUACUCAGGUGUUUGUAAUUGUUUUUAAAAUAAAGAGCUUUGAUUGAUUGACUGGU